GGAAUCCAUACAGAAGAGGAGGCGCUCUACUAAUUGUAAGGAAACGGCGGCGAUUCAUUUGACAAUGUUUCCUCAGAGAUAGAUAUAUUUAAACUCAGCUAGCCGUUUGUAGUAUUUAUUAAUAACGAAAUAGCAUACACCAGUUGGAACGAAUACAAAAAUGAGUUCUGAAAACUUUAUAUUCGCUGAAGUUGUCUCAUACGAAAGCUUGGUGCACGCAGUGGCUGGAGCUGUGGGGAGCGUGACAGCAAUGACGGUGUUUUUCCCUCUUGACACGGCAAGAUUACGACUACAAGUGGAUGACAAGAGGAAGGCGAAGUCCACACCAGCCAUCCUGGCAGAGAUAAUGAAGGAGGAGGGACUACUUGCUCCCUACCGAGGCUGGAUCCCAGUGAUCUGUAGCCUGUGCUGCUCCAACUUUGUCUACUUCUACUGCUUCCACAGCCUGAAGGCCAGCUGGCUGAGGGGGCAGAAGGCCAGCCCUGGACGGGACCUGCUCAUAGGUGUAGCUGCAGGUGUGCUGAAUGUGCUGGUGACUACUCCUCUGUGGGUGGUCAACACCAGACUGAAGCUGCAGGGGGCUCAGUUCCGGAAUGCUGACAUCCGUCCCACUAACUACGCUGGCAUCAUGGAUGCUUUCUCCCAGAUCAUGCAUGAGGAGGGCGUGGGGGCGCUGUGGAACGGGACGUUCCCCUCCCUGCUGCUGGUGCUCAACCCCGCAAUCCAGUUCAUGAUCUACGAGGGCCUGAAGAGGCAGCUGAGGAGGGGGCCACUCCAAGAGCUGUCCUCUGUCCAGGUCUUCCUGAUCGGAGCUCUAGCCAAGGCAGUGGCCACCACUGUAACAUACCCACUACAGACUGUCCAGUCCAUCCUCAGGUUUGGUCUGAAACAGCCCACAGCCCAACCUCACCUUCUGAGCAGCCUAACCACGGUCAAGUGUCUGUUGCUGAACCGAGUGAGGAAGUUUGGGCUGCAGGGCUUGUUUAAAGGUCUGGAGGCCAAGCUGCUGCAGACCGUCCUCACGGCUGCUCUCAUGUUCCUGCUGUACGAGAAGAUCACCAGCAGCACUUUCAGGGUGAUGGGGCUGAAGAAGCCCAUGUCCAGACGCUGACCUGGGGCAGCCUGCGGUGUUACGCCUGCUGUGUUACGCCAGCUGUGUUACGCCAGCUGUGUUACGCCAGCUGUGUCUACAAUCAGGAUGUUUUUAUGUUGCUGUAUUUAUUAUUUCUACUGUUCUGAUUUGUUUCCUCCCCUUUGAAGGUUUUGGUCCUAUGUCAUUGCAAAUACUGUUUCUGUACACUAAAUCAACUCAUCUAUGUGGUGCACUUGAUCAAAUCACCAGGAAUGAUUGAUCAUGAGUAAGAGGAAUGUAUCUAAUCUAAGGCUGUGAAAUGAUUAAACAUUUUAAUCAAAUUAAUCACAGGUUUCUGUGGA